CCCACUCCAUGUCCUGGCAGCGUUCCCCAGAAGUACAAACACACACACACAGAGCUCCCAUUGUUGCAGCCUUCCCCAGCCCACUGAUCCUAAUAUGGAAUGCAGCAGGAAACCCAUGAUUUCCUGACACUCGGCAAGCUGGAGGAAGCAAGGGGAAAACUCCAUUAAAAAGCCCAGCUUCCCUCCAUGUUAGAUGUGAAGUGGAAAAUGGGGAAGAUUCAGCAAAAUUCCACCGUGUCUUCAGCCAGGCUGGAGAGGGGGAGAGCGGAGUGAAACCCUCAGGCUGUUGAAAUUUCCAGACUUCCAGGAAGCCUCUAGAACUCAGUGAAAAUGAGGGUUUCUGAACUCAAUCUGAUAGGGAAACAUAACAGACCCUUUUAAUAAUUCUCCCAAGUGUGUGUUACCUUUCUUCACCAGCAUGGGAAGUGAGAGGGCACGUGCCAGCUGCCUCGGACAAGUCUGUAUGGUCCCAGGUACCCAAAGUAAGGCAAAGUGAUCUCAGCCUGGCUCUGGCUUCCCAGCGUUUCAUGGGCUUUGGGAGAAGCAGGAGACUCAGCAACAGCAGCAGCACAGCCACAGCAGCUGGAGCCGCAAGAAUGAACUGCAAGGAGGGAAAUGACAGCAGCUGCAGCUGCGGUGGCAGCGAGGAGAAGAAGAUGUUGAAGUGUGUGGUGGUCGGGGACGGCGCUGUGGGAAAAACCUGCCUGCUGAUGAGCUAUGCCAAUGACGCCUUCCCAGAGGAGUAUGUGCCCACCGUGUUUGAUCACUAUGCAGUUACCGUGACGGUGGGAGGCAAGCAACACUUGCUCGGACUGUAUGACACCGCAGGACAGGAGGACUACAACCAGCUGAGGCCUCUCUCCUACCCCAACACUGAUGUGUUUUUGAUCUGCUUCUCGGUCGUCAAUCCUGCCUCUUACCACAAUGUCCAGGAGGAGUGGGUCCCGGAACUGAAGGACUGCAUGCCUCAUGUGCCUUACGUCCUCAUAGGAACCCAGAUUGAUCUCCGCGAUGACCCCAAAACCCUGGCCCGUUUGCUGUACAUGAAAGAAAAACCUCUCACUUACGAGCAUGGUGUGAAGCUUGCAAAAGCGAUCGGAGCACAGUGCUACUUGGAAUGCUCGGCCCUGACCCAGAAAGGCCUCAAAGCGGUGUUCGAUGAAGCGAUCCUCACCAUUUUCCACCCGAAGAAAAAAGAAGAAACACUGCUCCGCGUGUCACGGCUGCUGCUCAGUUAUCUGAGGUGGCUGGAGACCCACCUCCACCCCAUCUUCAGGCGAGAACGGCAGCCAGCUUCCACAACCAAGUUCAAGCCAGUCAGGAGGACAUGGCCAGAGAGGACGUCCUUCUCCGCCCCGUGAGCACCCCAAGCACAGCCCACUAGCCAGCCGACUGCCUCGUCCUCCCCACCAGCCAGAAGCAUCCACAUUGCACACUCUGCGAGAAUGCUGAGCCGGGGUUUCAGCCAGUGCCGCUGCUGACACGUUGGAAACAAAGUCAAAGCCUCUCUUGCAUCUGUCCCGCCCAUGAACAUGAGGAUGAUAGGGAAUCGUCACAGGAAAACUAAAGGAGGCACUGGGUUCCUGUACUGGUGGCCUUACUUGAUGUCUUUUACAAAACACGGGAAAACAAUACUACCCUCUUUUUUCUGCAUCUGCUAUUCUUCCUAUGCGUCUUACAUUCAUAUGUAUUAUUUUAAGAAAUUUACUAAUUUCCCAGUUUACUCACGCCUUACAAAUCCAUACUAAAUUAGCUUAACAUGUUUUAUAUUCAUUUCUAUUUUCAGCCUGUUUCUACCAAAGCUAUUAGAACCAACUUGUACCUCUGAAUGCCUGACUAGGAGAAGAUAUAAGAAAAUGUUAGAACUUUUGGAAACUGUAGAGCCAUGGAUGGUUUUUGAACCCAGUUGAAAGAAAACGCUAUCCAAACAGUUGCAGGUUACAUUUUUGCCAAAGAUUCACCCUAGAAAUGCUCAUGUUGAUAAGUAGCCUUAUUUUUUCUGUAUUAUAUAUUGUCAUGGCAAAUUAGGAAUGAACUGUGUUUAAUAAAGUUGUAUUUUUGCUUUUCAAUCAAGUUGACUGGAGGGAGAAUAUGGCACACUUAUCUUUUUAAAUAUUCUUCAUUCAGCAAAGUGAACUUUUCUUCCCCCCAUGCACCCCCUUUUCCUCCCCUGAUUUCACUCUUUCUCCCGUGCCCAGUAAGAACCUGAUCUACAUGAAGGGUCUGGCCACGGGGCAUGAAAAAGCAAGCAUUUAAAAGUCCCCAAAAGGGAAGCAAGGUGCCUCUAUUUUGCCUCUUGCUUCAACUGAAAGUACAGGUACCCCCCACCCCUUAUCUGUGGUUUCCCUUUCUACGGUUCAGUUACCCACAGUCAUUAUGGUCUCAGAAUAUUAAAUGGAAAUUUCAGAAACAAACAAUUCAUAAGUUAAAAAUUUUGUACUGUUCUGAGUAUUGUGGUGAAAUCUCACACCAUGCACCCCGUCCCGCUCAGAACAUGAAUCAUCCCUCUGUCCGGCCUCUCCACACAGUGCACACUGCCUGCCUGCCUGCCUGCCUGCCCGCCAGUCACUCAGGCGCCCUGUCGGUCAUCAGAUCGACUCUCAUGGUAGUACAGUGCCUGUGUCCAAGUAACCCUAAUCUUGUUUAAUGAUGGUCCCGAUGUGCAAGAGUAGCGAUGUUGGCCAUUUGGAUGUGCCAAAGAGAAGCUGUGCUUCCUUUAAAUGAAAAGGUAUGUAUGUACAGGAAAAAAACAUAAUAUGUAUAAGAUUUGGUUUCAGGCAUCCAAACUUAGGGGUCUUCAAACUUAUUCCCCACAGAUAAGGGGCAGGGGGUGCUACUGUACUUUCUCAGCUUGCCCAUGUACGCUCCCAUUCCUUUUACCAGCAAAUGGCAUUUUCCAAGUACAACUGGUACUGAAAUACUGUCCCUCCCUAUUUCCCAUAGUCAUUGUCCAAAAUGUAUAUUUAGGGGCAAAAUGUGUAUUUUGGGGCUAGAUCUGUGAGUACAAAGCUUUGGAUACAUUUAUCCCCUGUUUUCAAAGCAAUGUACUCCAUAGAACAGGGACCUUGAGGGAGAAAAAGCCCCCAGGAAGCUUUUGUGUCCUUUCUGUAUGACUCUUCCAAGUAUCCAGGGAUAUGUUAUCACAGAGUAAGUUACUUCCUAGCUUUUAAUUACAGACUGCUAAGGCUUCUAAUUAGUCUCAUUUGCUUACAAUUAUCCUAGAAACACCCAGGUAGGCACUUUAUUUUUUAUUUCAACUGCAUAAGCAAAAUGCCUCCCUGCAGCAUGAAAUUACACCAAUUUUAGUCUAAGAAUUUCCAGAUUCACACGCUUUCUGUUAGAAAAAUCCAGCCUCUCUAGUCCCUUCUGCCCCUGGAGGAAGCACAGAACAACAGGAGUUUAUGGUGGGAGUCUUCUCUGUCAAGACCUUCCACAACACGCCCUCAGUGUGCUGGGGUGUGUUUGUUUUUUUGGAAUUUCUGAAUGUGUUUUUCCCUCUUUCACAUUUCCAAUUCUAUUUCCCUUCUCCGCCAUCUAAUUGCUAAACAUUCUCUUAAAUAUUCUCUCUCACAUGCACACAUACACACACACACACACACAUACACACACACUAACCUAAAAGAAAACAAGUUUUGUAAGUCAAAGCCUGACAAGAAAACAAGACUUUCUCCCUUUGUAAAUGGAAAUCAACCAUGUAUCAAAUAUAACUCUGCAGAGGUUAUGAAUUCCUCCUUUACAAACAACAAUGAAUAUUUAGUUCUGUAAUAAAUGAAGUACUGUUA